GAGCCCUCCGCUGAGGGAACCAACACUGUGCUCCCAGGCCAGGGAAACAUGUCCCGUCGGAAACAGACCACUCCUAACAAAGUUCACUGGAGGAAUUCUGGGACCUGCUCACCUCCUUUACCUGCUGUACACUGCCACAGAGCAACUGUUCAACAGGAACCAUCAGGAGCAGCAAGUAGGACCACCAGAAAAUAGGACUGCAGGAUACAAGAAACAUGUCAAUGGUGUUGUCUCCACCUUGGGAUGGAAAAUCUUGUCUGUCUUACGAUGACCACCACCACCAAAUCCUUGGAACUUCUCUGCCUGCCUUGCCUGCUGUGUAUCUGGAGUGCCCAGCAGUGCCAUGCGGUGCACUGACCAGGAUAAUCGGAGAGAGCACCAUCUCCAAGAACUGGGUGAGCCAGCAGAAUGAGGAGUCAGGCUGAGACAUAUCAUACACAUUAUGAGACUUCUUCACAGGGACUGAACUGUUUGGGAGGAGAGGAAUGAAAGGGACAGCAGUAACCACUACAGCAGUGUGGACAACCCAGAAUAGCCCAUGGGGCAGGUGGAGUAGAUCCACUGUGGUGGAAAGACUUGCAAAAUUCAGGUCCAUGAAAGGAGCACAGAGAAGACCUACAUGAACAGGGACUUUAAAUUGAUGUACAAGGAGGGAAUAAAGUGGCUCAUCUCUGAGAGACCUUUCUGUUUAGGAAGGAAGACAGGGGAAUUAGUUGCUUUGGAUCUUUGUUUUGUGGAUUUUGGGGCAGGGGUUGUUUGUUUGUGUGUUUAUUUUCCAGAACACCUGAGAGUUGUCCUGCAUUCAUACAGUUCAAGAAGGGAAGGGCUCAGGACAAAAGUCAUUUCAAGCUGUUACACCAGCAGACCCUAGCAGUGUAAGUGCCCUGUGGCACAGUACCAUGGGGCUGCCCCAGCUCGCCCAGCACCCCACUCAUUACAGCAUUGUGGAGAGGAGAACCGGAAUGCAAGGCAGAGCGUUUGUGUGAGCUCUCCCUUCCUACAUCUCUGCUUGUAAAACCAACACGGUGACUUGUUUUGGUGUUGUGGUCAGCCUGCGGCCCUUUUUGUAUUUAAUAAAGAAACUUCUGGAGAAGAGUCUAUGACUUCACUAUUGAGCAUAACAUCCCUUGCUGACAGCAGUGGUCCUAAAGCUGUUGUCUGUCUUACUGCCUUUCAAAUGAAUGGAAGUGUAUUCAGAGGGGUGGAGGUGGGGGCGUCAGUGUCUGUGUAAACAUGUGUGUGCAGCAACAAAAACAGUCUAAUCCUGUACUUGUCACAUUCAAACUCUAGGGGUUCAAAGGCAGGACACUUCCCUAAGUUCUUUUGGAGACAGUUCAAUACAUAGAAAAUUUGUGUAAGCUAAAGACAGCAUUGCAAAAAGUUGGUCUUUCCCAGUCCCAUGCUGCCUUUUGAGAUCCAGGCUCGUGGAGGAUACACAGUGUCAUCUGCUACCAGCAGCCAUUGGGGGAACAGUUUGCAUUUCUGGCUGUAAUCUGGCAGCUCUCUGCACUGAGUCAGUGCUGUGUGGUUAUGGGUGUGUUGUACAGAAAGACCACUGGCAGACAUGGUCAUCUCUUAGUUGUGAUUGAUGCCAAUGUUACUGGCAGAAGUUCCUUCCUCAGUUACCUCUUAGAAAGGUCACAGCCUUUUAAACUCCUGCAGACUGACUGUGUAGUCUGUGUAUCUGAGCAGGAACCUGCCUGCCCUUGGACUCCAGGCUACUGCUCAGUGGAAGCAGAGGAAGCAUCUGCAAGAGGAAAGGGAGAAGAAAACAAACAUGGAACUGCUUCCACUAGCAGUUGCAGUGGUGUUUGGGAAUCCUGGUUUGUAAUUCUGUCACGAGCAGCAGGUUUUUCACCAUAGUUUUAUGCCUGUCCUGUAUUCUGCAGGUUUCUUCAUCUCAUUAUACUUUGUCCUGCAAUGCUUUUUUGGUCUCUGGACCAUUAGCCAGUGGUUUGUGGGUCUCAGCUUCUUGAAGAGGCACUGUAAUGCUGUAGUGUGCUGUUCAUACACCUCAGUCCCACCAAUGUGAGGUUGGGGUCCAGACAUAAAAGCAGCACCCCAGGUUAUGAAAACCAUUCAGUGCUGGGGUGGCUUCCAGCAGGGGUACAUGUGUCACAGCAGGCACAAUGAUACCUGCUGCUUUCAGUGAGAAACGGGGUGCUCCUCAGCACCUCUCUUCAGCCUGCAUGGAUUGUCCUCAAGGCUUCUCUACAGAAACCAUUCUCACGUGUCUGAAACAGAAUGCCUUCAAAUGCUUUUGGAAACCUCCAUGGGGAUGUUGGGGAUUAAAAGUCUUCCCACAGUCUCCGUGAAACUUCUGAAGGCCUUUGAAGUCUUCCAUAAGUUGCUGCUUUUGAGGCAGCGCCGGGCACGGCGGGGUAAGGCCUGCAGGGCAGUGAGUACAGACAUGGGCACAGCGGGCCCAGACAGCUCCGCGUGUGGGAGCGUACCCGUCCUUGUCACAGGACUGUGCUCUCUCAGCGGGUCAGGAAUUCAGUUCUCUGCUUAUUCUGAUGCCAGCUGUGGCCCUAUACCAAAAGGUACCAUUUUUUUCUGAAAGCUACAUCUUGGAUUGGUUUCUGUGCACAGUGCAGGCAUCUGCCUCAGCAGUUUCACAGUCACACCGUCAGUGGUUCGUGAGAACUGACAAGUCAGUUACAAGGUCUGCUGCUGGGAACUUCAGCAGCUUGUCCCAGGCACUCCCAGUUCAUCCACUGAGAGCAAAAUCAUGACUACAUGUAGAACAAAGCCAUUUGUUUGGUUUAAUAUGCAAAGUAAUUGUUUACUAUUGUUGUUAUUCUUCGGACCCAAAAGUUCUCCUUUGCAGAAAUUGCUGUAAGGAGUUUUCUUCCAGAGUAGCACAAAUAAUUGCCUUCUUUCAGUGUGUUUGCCGCCUCCUAUUGAGUUGAGGUACUAGUGAUCAGUGUAUUUCAACAAAACAGACUGUAAGCUAUCAUAAACAAGCAUCUCAGCUUUCUGGAUUCACCCCCUUAGUUUUCUGGUUUGGGCAUACGAGGUGUCUCUGAGAUUUAUUUUAGCCAGAGCCGCUGCUGGGCAAGGCAAGGCAAUGAAGCAAGUUAUCCAUCAUGUAAGCAGAACACCAUCUCUGAGCACACACAUCUGCUUGAAGGGCAUCUUGUCCUCAUCCCUCCUGGGAUGAGCUGGUGACAGACCACGCCAGGAACAACCCCUUGGCUUUAGUGUCACUGUGCAGAGCAGAUGAGGUGCCAGGCACUCGGUACUAUUCUUGUGUAAGUUGCCUGUUACAGCGAGGAAUGGAACUUCAUGAUGUAGAAGAGCCAUAUAGCACUGUGCCUGAGCUGGGAUGCUGCCAUAAUCCACCAGUAGCUUUUCCCUGCCCAGAGCUGUGCUAUGGCUUGAUUGGCAGAGAAAGCCGCCUGGCUACAUAUGGCAGAUAUAUGGGAUCUCACUGGGGUGUUUUUUGUAGCUGGAGUGGCUUACAAAGAGUCUGCAGAGAGCAGCCUGAUGCUGGACAUUUCCACUAGUCAGACUGUUCUAUGCACAGGGACUGGACUCAUACUACAGGUCCAAGAUCUACAUAACAGAGAUGUUAUGUAAAUGCUUUCUGAGAGGCAACUGCAGAGGUUCUGCACAGUGCAGGGGAGCAACCCCAUACCUGGUGGGUGGGUGGCAAAAGCUUAGUGGUGUAAGCAAUGGAAUGGCACCAGCCUGACUCUUUGUUCUUGUGGCUGCCAGGGGAACAAGUCUUUGCAGGGCUGGAGGAGCAAGCCCGCCAAGCCAUGAUGAAAAACAACUUUCCUGGAGCUCUUGGGGACCAAAGGCCAACCCUUCAUCCGCUGCAAGACCCCGAUUCCAGCAGCAGUGGCAGUGAUGACGAGGAAACCACACAGGAUGAAGUUUCUUCUCAUACAUCUGAGGAGGAUGGCUCAGUGUUGAAAGUGAAGAAAGAAUUGGAGAAUGCAGAGCAGCCUGUGUCUGGAACCCCACUGAUGAGAGAAAAUGAGGUGCCUGAGAGUUUGAGUGCUGACCCUCUGCUGGGACUGUCACAGUGUCCCCUCUGCCAGCUGGAGUGUGGGAGCAGAGAGCAGCUCAUUGCUCACAUAUACCAGCACACUGCAGCUGUGGUGAGUGCGAAGAGCUACAUGUGUCCUGUAUGUGGCAGAGCCCUCAGCUCGCCAGGAUCCCUUGGACGACAUCUCCUGAUACAUUCAGAGGACCAGCUGUCAAACUGUGCGGUGUGUGGAGCACGCUUCACCAGCCACGCCACAUUCAACAGUGAGAAGCUGCCAGAGGUGCUCAGUGCAGAUCGCCUGCCGGCACCGCAAAGUGAGGGCCCCUCCGCUGUUGAGGGAAAAGACAUUGCCUUCCACCCCCCUGUGUACCCUGCAGGCAUCCUGCUCGUGUGCAACAACUGCGCCACGUACCGCAGGCUGCUGGAGGCGCAGGCGCCGGGCGGGCGCAAGUGGGCCCUGCGCCGGCAGAACGAGCCCCUGGCCGCGCGGCUGCAGCGCCUGGAGCGCGAGCGCACAGCCAAGAAGAGCCGCCGGGACAACGAGACGCCCGAGGAGCGGGAGGUGAGGCGCAUGCGGGACCGGGAGGCGAAGCGGCUGCAGCGCAUGCAGGAGACAGACGAGCAGCGUGCGCGGCGGCUGCAGAGGGACCGCGAGGCCAUGCGCCUGAAACGCGCCAAUGAGACGCCGGAGAAGCGACAGGCCCGGCUCAUCCGGGAGCGCGAGGCCAAGAGGCUGAAGCGGCGCCUGGAGAAAAUGGACAUGAUGCUCCGGGCGCAGUUUGGCCAGGACCCAUCUGCCAUGGCCGCUUUGGCAGCCGAAAUGAACUUUUUCCAGCUGCCGGUGAACAAUGUGGAGCUGGAGAGCCAGCUGCUCGGCAAAAUGACUUUUGAGGAGCAGAGCAACAGCGCGCUGCAUUAAGCCACUGCCAAGGGCUGCAACCACCUGCGCUGCACCUCCACGCUCAGGAGGCUGCUGCAGGCUCCUGGCUUACUCUCCCUGCCAGAGGGUUCUGGGUUUCUCCUGAACAUCAGAUAACAGAGCUGAGAGAUGUCUGCCAAAGCAGUCCUGGUGGGAGCAGAUUCUGGGGAUUCAGUCUGCUCUAGGGGCCAAGUCACAGCCUAUGAACAAAGGGAAAAUAAAUUAAUGUUUGUGUUUA